AUGCCUGACCUAAGCUCUGAAGAAGAAUCUCGACUUCAGAAUGCUAUAAGUACACUCCGUCAUCGCGCUGGCGUUACAAGGCGCAAAUUGGCAAAGGAAUUCAACGUUUGUGACGUCGCCUUGGGUCGAAGAUUUAAGGGCCACGGACCUCGGCAUGGCCGCUCCGGCACCAACAAUGCAUUAAACGUAUACCAGGAAAAUGCCUUGUAUAGUUGA